CUGUCCUCCUGACCAAGAGAGGGCGCGCGUGCGCAUCAUAACGCCAUCGAGUCCCAGAGAGCAAGAGCGUCCAGUUGUCACCCCAACACCUGUAAGAGCGAAUUCAAAAUAUAACGACGCCGACUGUCCUUUCCCAUGGAGGAUUUUUGACAAUGCACCGGGAGGUUACAGAUGUAGCUGGGGUCUGGCAGAUGUGACCAUGGUGCUGUGGUGCGGUGGUUUGUUGGUGCUGGCGGCCUUGUCCCGGGCCCUGGGCUCUCUGCAACCUUCAGAGAAGUCUUCUGUGCCGGAUGAAUGGGUCCUGCUCCACGUCGUGCAGGGCCACAUCGGUGCGGGAAACUACAGCUACCUGCGUCUCAACCAUGAAGGAUGCAUUAUCCUGUACAUGCAGAGCCUUAAGGGAGAUGCGGACCUCUACAUCUCUGACAAGACGCCGCGGCCAAACUUUGAUACCUACAAGCUUCAGUCGACCACCUGUGGCCAGGACGUGGUGGUCGUCCCGGGGGAUUUUGUUAGGCCUGUUGGAAUCGGGAUCUACGGACAUCCCUCCUACAUGGAGAGUGAGUUUGAGAUGAAGGUGUUUUAUGACCAGACGGUACUUACAGAAGAGGAAACGGAGAAAAACUCUUACUCCUCAGGUGAGACUCCUGCUCAGUCUCAACACUCUCAGGGCCCUACAGACGUGAUGGAAGAAGAGGAGUCAAUCCUGUGGACUAUUCUCAUUGGGAUUCUUAAAAUCAUACUUGAAAUUUUGUUUUGAUUUUGAUGUUCCAGCUGCCAAAAUAACACCCUUGCCACAAUUAAACAUUCUUUCUCAUUUAGAUCAUAUUAGCAGUUUUUUUUUUUUUUCAUCAUUUUGACAAAAAACUAGAAGUGCUUUGCCUGGAGUUUUGUUGUAAUCCUCUAGAGUUGCACCAUCAACACUCUGUAGGGAGUAUGUCGAAUUCAUCCCAAAUUUUAAUAUGCAAAUUAUACAUUUGUUUGUCAAAUUAGAUGGCAUAUCAACACAAUUGAUAGCACCUGAUUUUUCGAACACAAGUUUACAUUUUAUUGGUGGAGUUUAAAAAAAGGUUGCGUGGUGCAUUUGUUUGUCUUUUACUGAGUUGAGUCUUAGGUUUUAAACUGCACUAUGCAAUCACACAAAGGUCGUAUGGCUGUGCCUGUUGUGAAGAAGAGUCUGUUGACUAAUAAGCAGCAAUGAAUCUUCUGCAUCUGUAGUUGUAAGAUACAAAUAAAAUAAUCACUUAUUUUUGAAAA